UCGGCCCGCUGCGAAAGGCUUUCCUUGAGCCCGAAGAAACGAUCCCAUUUAGCUUUCAGAACACUUCUUUCGUUGCCGUGGCACGUUAUUUUGCAUUUGGACGUCGGAGAUCUCUGCGGUUGAAGUUUCGGAGCGCGCGCAGAGGCAAGGGAGUGAGAGGUAUGGAGGAGCGAGGGGAGGGCGGGGGCGAAGGACGACCUAGGCCACCUCGAGGAGACCUCGGCGACAUCGUUCUUUCUUGGUCGCUGGGUCAGAUUCUCGAUGAGAACCUCCUCCAGAACCAGGUGGUGAAGAUACCAUCUAUGUUUCUAUCAAUUGAACAUUAUUUUGGAUCUUUUGCUGCUCCUUCGAUGGAAGAGACACGUGCAGAAAUACACUCUUCUUUGGUUGAUAUUUCAAAAGCUCCUCGAGCAAAGAUACUCGCCAUAGAAAACGGACAGAGAAAAUCCAAAACUACUCAGGAGUAUUAUAUUGACGUUGAAUUUCUCAACAAUCACAUAGAUUGUGGAAGUCAAAAUUAUAAGGCACGGAAUGGUGAUCUUUUCAUUCUAUCAAGUAUGAAGCCAGAGGAUGUCAGGGAUUUCAAUAGAUACAAUGUUGCUUGUUGCUUAGCGUUGGUUACCGAGGUUUCAAUGGAUGAUGAUGUUCAGAAGGGUUUUGUUGUGAAAUUAUAUAAGUUCACUGAUGUGGAAUAUGAUAUGGGUAACUUCAAAUUUGCAUUAUUUCUGACUAACUUAUUGACAAAUAUUCGGAUAUGGAAAGCACUUUGUUUCACAUCAGGAAUGAAUAACAACAUCAGGAUCAUCAAUGAAGUUCUGUCACCCAGGCCAAUGGUGACCGCCACAUGUAACACUAGUGUAUCUGGAGUGAAUGACUAUUGGUUUACUAAAUUAUUGGAUAAAUUAUGUUCAUUUGAUCUGAAUCUGUCACAAAUAGAAGCUGUACGGGCUGCAAUUCAUGCAACAGGAUGCAGAGAUUCACACUGUGUGGAACUUGUAUGGGGCCCUCCAGGAACAGGGAAGACAAAGACAGUUAGUGCUAUGCUGUGGGCAUUCUUGCAUAUGAAAUGCAGAACCCUUACCUGUGCUCCAACAAAUGUUGCAGUAGUUGGGGUCUGUUCUCGUCUACUUCAGUUGAUCAAAUACACUGAUGAAAAGGAUAAACUACAUGGGCUGCCAUCUUCCCUUGGGGAUGUACUUCUAUUUGGAAACAGUGAGCGUAUGGAAAUAGAUGAUGAGCUCCAAGAUGUGUUUUUGGAUUAUCGUGUUGAGCAACUUGUUGAUUGCUUUGCACCAUCAACAGGAUGGAAAUAUAGGAUAUCUUCAGUGGUCAGUUUGCUUGAGGACUGCAGUUGUAUGUACCAUAUGUUUCUUGAAAAUAGCCACAAGGAGGAAGCCUUAACCUUUACAAAUUUCUUUAAGAAGCAAUUCAAUGCAGUGGUCACACCUCUUGAAAAUUGUAUAAGGAAUUUGUGGAUCCAUACAAAUUGCAUUUCAUCAGGCAACAUAACUGAAAUAUCCUCUCUCCUGAAUUUGCUUGAAACGAUGCAUAACUUGUUAUGUGACAAAGAACUUAGUGAUGAUGAAUUGAAAGAGGUCCUUCUACCAGAUAACUCAAAAUGUUUACUGACAAAAAGUAUUCACGACCCUGCCUCUCUAGAACAUGGAUUUUCUACCAGUAAACGAUUGUCUGAAGCUAGAGUUGAAUCUCUUUGUCUAUUGAGAGUUCUUCAGAGCUCUCUUUCGCUACCUAAUACUGUGGACAGUAGCCAAAUCCGCACUUAUUGUCUUCAAAGUGCCUCACUUAUAUUUUGCACUGCUUCUAGUUCUUCUAUGUUGCAUCAUGUGGAGAUGAAUCCUCUUCAUAUUGUAGUUAUUGAUGAAGCUGCUCAACUUAAGGAAUGUGAAUCAGUGAUUCCACUACGGCUUAAUAGGCUGAACAAUGCCAUUUUGGUGGGAGAUGAGUGUCAGUUGCCAUCAACCGUGAAAAGCCAGGUUAGCAAGGAUGCAGGUUUUGGUGUUAGCCUCUUUGAAAGGUUAAGUUCUGUGGGCCAAAGGAAGCACCUUCUCAACAUGCAAUACCGCAUGCACCCUUCAAUCAGCUUAUUCCCAAAUUUCAGAUUUUACAAGAAACAAAUUCUUGAUGGCCCAAAUGUUGAGGGCAUCAAUUACAACAAAAAUUAUAAGGACCUAAAAUUUGGUGCUUACGCUUUUCUAAAUGUUGCCGAUGGGAUAGAAGAGGUGGAUGAACAUGGGAAUAGCAAGAGAAACUUGGUUGAAGUUGUUGUUGUACUGCAUUUGGUCCAAAGACUAUUUAUACAUUGGGAAGCUUCUGGUGAAAUACUUAGCAUUGGAGUCAUUUCACCAUAUAGUUCUCAAGUAAAUGCAAUCAAGGAAAAACUUGGAAACAAAUAUGGGGCAUAUGAUGGCUUUAGGAUAAGAGUGAAGUCUAUUGAUGGAUUUCAAGGUGAAGAGGAUGAUGUUAUUAUACUUUCGACGGUGAGGUCUAGUGAUAAAGCUAAUAUUGGUUUUCUUGAAGAUCAUCAAAGGACUAAUGUUGCUUUGACAAGGGCUAGGCACUGCCUCUGGAUUGUGGGAAAUGCAAAAACAUUAGAAAGAAGUGACACCAUAUGGAAAUGCUUAGUUCUUGAUGCAAAGGCACGAAAAUGUUAUUUCGAUGCUAAUGAUGAUGUCUGUUUGGCUAAAUCAAUUUUGCAUGUAAAGCAUGAACUUGAUCAGCUUGAUGAUUUGCUAAGAUCAGAUUCAGUUCUUCUCAGCGGUUCAAGAUGGAAGGUGCUGUUUAGUGAUGACUUCAAAAAGUUCUUUUUAAGAUUGAGACAGCUUCAUGCUAAGCAGGAAGUAAUUCAUUUGCUGCUAAGGCUUUCCAAAGGUUUGCGGUCAAAAUCUAAAAUACAAGGCAUAUCUGAUUCAUUUGAUCUUGUAAGAAUUUCAAGGGUUAAGGAUCUUUAUCUCAUCUGGACUGUUGACAUCAUUAAGGAUGAAAGAUAUGUCCAGGUAAUAAAGGUGUGGGAUCUCUGUCCAUUUGAACAGAUUGCAAGACUUGUAUCACGUCUUGAUCAUAUAUUUUCAACGUACACAGAGGUUUAUUUGAAACACUGCAAAGCUGCUUGUGUUGAAGGGAAUCUUGAAGUGCCGAUGAGUUGGAAUGUUGUCUGCGAUAUGAUUCGUUACAAGACAUUAAAAAAAGCCAGAUCAACUACAGAGGAAGAUGCUGUACAAUUGGAUUCAUCGAGUCAUAUGGAGGAUUCAAAAGUCAAUGAGAGCCUUCUAUUAAUGAAAUUCUAUUCCUUAUCAUCUAGAGUAGUAAGGCAUUUGUUAAUAGCUAAUGAUGGGACUGAUGUAUUUAUUCCAUUCGAACUAAAUGAUCAAGAAAAGGAGAUAAUCCUUUUUCCACUAAGCACUUUUAUUUUAGGUCGGUCAGGGACAGGGAAAACAACAAUACUGACCAUGAAACUAAUUCAGAAGGAACAACUGUAUUCUAUUGCUUCCGAAGGUGCUUCUGAAAUUUUUGGUUUAUCUGAUGCUGCUGACAGAAGUGUUGUACUAAAGAAGCAUUCUAGUCCAAAUAAAGGACAUUUCUUAAAGCAGGUUUUUCUUACUGUUAGCUCCAAACUAUGUUCUGCAAUCAGGAGCCACAUAUGCCAACUGCAAAGCAUUGCUUCUGGUUAUGACUUUUGUGGUCCAGCAAUUUCUCUGGAGAUGAAUGAUAAAAGUGAAUUAUCUGAUUUAUUAGAUAUACCUGACAGUUUUACUAGUCUAAAGCAAGAGCAUUACCCUUUGGUCAUUACAUUUCGGAAGUUUCUGAUGAUGCUUGAUGGCACUUUCAAUUCUUUCUUUGACAAGUACUACAAUAAGUGGGGAGUUAUACCAAACCAAAGAGGAUGUGCAAAGUCAUUUGCCUUGCAAUCUCUUAUCCAGAGUAAAGAAGUCAACUAUGAUAAAUUUGUUGGGUCCUAUUGGCCCCAUUUUAAUAAACAGCUUACUAAAACAGUCAAUCCAUCCACUGUUUUCACACAGAUAAUUUCCCACAUCAAGGGUGGAAUGGAUUCAGGAACAGUUCAUGCUGGUAAACUUAAAAGGGAAGAUUACCUUCUUUUGUCAGAGAAGCGAGUCUCAACUUUAAGCAGAGAAACUAGAGAGACAAUAUAUGACAUUUUUAUUGAUUAUGAGAAUAAAAAACUUCUAUAUGGGGAAUUUGAUUUGUCUGAUUUUGUCAAUGACCUGCAUCAACAGCUUGCUCGCAAUGGCUUUGCAGGGGAUAUGAUUGAUUUUGUUUAUAUUGAUGAGGUUCAGGAUCUCACUUUAAGACAGAUUGGACUUCUUAGGUAUGUCUGUAAGAACUUCGAGGAAGGCUACACUUUUGCAGGAGACACAGCACAGACUAUUGCCAGAGGAAUUGAUUUCCGGUUUGAGGAUAUCCGUUCCCUUUUCUAUACGGAGUUCCUUUCAGAGGUCAAUAGUGGAUAUCAGCAGAAAAAGAAGGAAAGAGAAAUACAUGUGACAGAUUUGUUUCAGUUAAAUCAAAACUUUCGAACUCAUGCUGGUAUUUUGGGAUUGGCCCAGAGCAUUAUGGACCUCCUUUACUACUUCUUCCCACUGAGUGUUGAUAAAUUGAUUCCAGAGUUUAGUUUAAUAUGUGGAGAAGCACCUGUAUUGCUUGAAUCUAGUAAUGAUGAGAAUGCUAUUCUUACUAUUUUUGGAAACAGUGGUAGCGGUCAGAGAUGCCUGAGUGGAUUUGGAGCUGAACAAGUCAUUCUCGUCCGUGAUACUGUCACCAAGGAGCAAAUAUUUGAUCAAAUUGGGAAACAAGCUCUUGUUCUGACUAUAUUAGAAUGUAAGGGCCUUGAAUUUGAGGAUGUUUUGCUUUAUAAUUUCUUUGGAACUUCACCACUGAAAAAGAAGUGGAGAGUAACAUACGAGUAUAUGAAGCACCGUGAUAUUCUUGAACCUUCUGUUUCAAGGACAUUUCCUUCAUUUGAACUGGAAAGACACAAUCUUCUUUGUUCGGAAUUGAAGCAGCUCUAUGUUGCCAUAACUCGCACAAAGCAGAGACUCUGGAUUUGUGAGAAUACCGAUGAGUAUUCUAAACCGAUGUUUGAUUAUUGGAAGAGGCUAUGCCUUGUCCAAGAAAGACACUUGGAUUCUUCCCUUGCACAGGCCAUGAAGGUAGCAAGUAGUGCAGAGGAUUGGAGAUUACGUGGUAUUGAGCUAUUUAAUGAGGGGAACUUUGAUCUGGCUGCUGUGUGCUUUGAGAAAGCUGGGGAUGAAUACAACGAAAAGUGGGCUAAGGCAGCAGGUCUUGUUGCGCAUGCUGACCAUGUUAUCUCUACAAAUACGGAUAUGGGUGAGAUUGCCCUAAAAAGAGCUGCUGAGAUCUAUGAAUCCAUUGACAAACUAGAAAGUGCUGCUACCUGUUACAUUAAAUUGAAUGACUUCAAAGAAGCAGGUAUGAUUUAUAUGGAGAAAUGUGGCAUAUCAAGGCUUAAAGAUGCGGGGGACUGUUUUGCAAUGGCAGAGUGUUGGACUGAUGCUGCUCAUGCAUAUGCUAAAGGAAAAUUCUUAUCAGAAUGCCUAUUAGUUUGUUCCAAGGGGAGGAUUUUUGAGACAGGAUUGAAAAUUAUUGAACAAUGGAAUGAAGCUUCUUGUACUGAUGGAAGACAGAAGCAUGAACUGAAUGAGAUGAUAUCAUCUUAUCUGGAGAAUUGUACCCAACACUAUCUAGAGCUUGGAGAUAUUCAAUGCAUGAUGAUGUUUGUUAAAGCUUUCCAGUCAAAUGAUGUACGUCUGCGUUUCCUGGAUGUAGUUCAUCAUUUCUUGAAGUCCAAUAAUCGUAUUGAUGAUUUGCUAACUGUGGAGCUAGAAUUAGGAAACUAUAUAGAGGCUGCAAGCAUUGCAAGAAACAAAGGAAAUAUGUUAUUAGAGGCAGAGAUCCUUGAUAAAGCUAACUGUUUUGAGGAGGCAACUACGUUGCUUCUUUUACAUGUUCUUAUGAGCUCACUUUGGUCAUCUGGAAGCAAGGGGUGGCCACUGAAGAGAUAUGCAGAAAAGGAGAACCAUUUGAUGAAAGCAAAAGAACUAGCACAGUGGAAGUCAGGUUCAUUUCAGGAAUAUGUUUUCCUGGAAGCAGAUAUAUUAUCAGAUAGAGAGAAAAGCUUGUCUGACAUGUCAAGACACUUGGUUGAGGCUCAAAAGCACCGCAACCUUAGACAGGAAGUAUUUAGCAGUCGAGCAAUACUUGACGUCCAUAUUGAAUCGAAACCCUUUAAAUUUCUCCAUGGACAAGUUUCAGUCUUUGAUUCUGACAAGCAUGUGAAUGAUAUUAUAUCUCAAAAGUGCCUCUCUGUUGAUACAAUGAUGUAUGCUUGGAACCUUUGGAAAGCAGUGAUACUGGAUCUGCUGUCCCACCUUGAUGACCCUAAAUUAACCAAAGAUGGCUCAAGGUAUGAAGAGUUCUAUCUUGAAUAUUUUGGUGUCAGAACAUUGGAUGAAAAAAACAUGUAUUUUAUCCAAAAUCCAGAAGCCUAUUGGGUAAAAAAUACUGUAAAAUUUUCUCUAGUAAAGAAAAAAAACCUGGUUUGGUUGAGUGCCAGCGAGUGCAUAUCAUGUGCUAAAAGUUAUUGGAGUACUGAGUUAUUUUCAGUUGGUAUGAAAUUACUUGAUUGUUUGCAAGCCCUGCAUAACUUUUAUGUGCAAAAGAAUCUAUAUUCAUUCUGCAGAGGGAGGAUGGCCAUUUGGAUAUAUGAAGUUGCCAAGUUCCUUAUUGAGUCAGAAUUAACAUCAGCAAGUAGUAUGAAUAAGAGUAGUAUGAAUAAGGUACAUGGAUACUACAAUUUGUCCCAAACUUGGUACUUUGACAUAAUUUUCCCAUUAGACUGGAGAAAUGACACAAUGGAAAAUGUGAUAUUUCUUCAUGAAAACAAGACUGCUAUGGAGAUAAUUGAUGUCUCCCUUACUGGAAUCCUAGAACGUAGGAAUGGUAAACUGACACAUGGGCAAAUUGGUAGGCUGGUGAUGUUGCUCUUUCUCACAGGACAAUUAUCUGAUGAAUUGUUCAAAAUGAUCAUGAACUGCUUGACUGAUAUGCAACCUUGGAGAGAUUUUAUUGAACAAUAUAGAACUUUUUUGAAUUUCGGAUUUGCAAGGUUUCCUGUAAUAUCCACUUUUGAGAGCGCAUUGCAAAGUUCGUUUAACGUAUAUUGGAAAAAUGAGAUUGAUUACCUGUCGCCUCACUGCUUUAUCUACCUUAUUGAGUGCCUAACGUUUUUUGCAUCAUCAUGCCGGGGUCUUGGUGGACAUUUUUUUACUACAAAAUCUUCUCUCCUUGAAAUGAUCAAAUGCCAUGGUUGUAAGGGCUAUAUGACGGCUUGCUUGUCUUCAGUCCCUGAUCUCUCGCAGAACACUGUCCAAUUGUCACUCGGAUACAUAAUAGAAACCAUCAAAAUCCUUCUAGGAGAUAAACAUCAGUUAUUUGCCUGGAUGAACAAGUCUUCCAUGCGUAGGGAAUCAUAUCCUCUACUUGCACUAAAACUGGUUAUUAUACUUUAUCUGACUCACUUGAAUGCUGGAAGGAGUACUUAUGCAAUUGGGAGGUUUCUUUCGGAGAAUAAAAUAUAUGAAGAUUUGCCUAAGGCGUUCUCAGUGCAGCUUCUUCACCAAGCAAAAAAUUAUGGAGCUGGUGGUAGUUUUCAGUUUAUAGGAGUAUUUGCUGAGGCAUUACGAAUGGUGGGAAAUUCUUUAGUCAUAGUCUGUUCUGCAGAAAGUCCUGUGAUGCUCUCAAGUUUGAAUGCUUUGACUAUUAACUCCGAGCACUUACGGUGCACAGAAAAAGUUUUUGCCCUAUUGUUUCCAGAAAAGAAAAUGAUAUUUCAGAGCAAACAAUCAGAAAGAAAACCAAUAGAAAAAGGCUCUAUUGUAAUUGAUCCUUCCAAUAAUAGAAACCAGGAAGUUGACUCUAUACCUUCAAAUGUUUCACAUGAGAAAGAUCAAGGUCCAGGACUUGGAGACCGAGAAUUUGGUAAGGAACUCGCAGAACAAUGCAAGCAUUUCAGGCAGAAGCUUGAAGAAUUUCUAUCUGGGAAAUAUGAUGAUGUCGAGGAUACUAUUAAUAUAUUUGGCACCACAAUGAAUUGGAUAAAACAGAAAGACCAAUUGAAGGAUUCUGAAGGGCACUUGAUGGCAGAAAUGAGGAAUUUGCAUGUUGAACUCCAAUUGCUUGCUACAAUGAGGUCUGAAGGAACACAAGAAGGCUGCCCAACAAAAGCAGAUCUCUAUUCAAAGUGGAAGGGCCUGAGAGCAAGCUUGGAACCUCUAAUGGACAAAUUAAUCCCACAGAAGGAAGCUGUAACCAAGGAAGCAUCUCCAAGCGAUGAUGAUAAUGAUAUUGAUAACACUCAAGGUUGUGAUCCAAACAUGAGGGAAGCUGUUGCAAUACCUGAGGCUUCUUCAAGCAGUCAAACCAAGGCAAGCAAACAUAAAGAAAACAAGAAGUCUAGGAAAAAAGGCAAGGGUAAAGGCAAGAGAUGGUAGAUUUGUCUCCGGUUAAGGUUUUGAGUAUUGCUAAUUAGACGACACAGCAGGUUAUAUUUUGUGUACAUACUUAUAUUUUUUGUGUUUCCGCCGCAACAGUACAUUUAUUAA